AUGCAGUUCUCCAUCAAGGGUCACGAAGAGUGGUCUAUUGCCCUUGAAAAUAAAGUGGCCGAGUUGACAGGUCAACAACCCGUGGAAGCCAGUGAUUUCUUAGAUGCAAUUCUAAGGAACAAUGCAUCGCAGCUAUACCGACGAUAUGAGAAGCCGGGUGACGUACAAUCUACUCCGCCUGCCACAGUUCCAAAUACGGAUCCGGAUCAAAUCCAAGAUAUGUCGUCUGGUCCAAGUGAUACUGUGCUUGUUGAGCAUAGCCAAAACGAAGCGCGAGUGCUCAAACGGAAUAAAUUGAAAGGUUAUGUUCCAAAGUUCAAGAAUUUUGAUGAUGGGUUUGAUAUGGAGUCAAUUCCCGUUUACCAGCUAGAGGAGGAUGGAGAGGGAGAAGGAGAUGCACCAAAUAUUAUCCCAGACUCGUUACAUGAAAGGGUCCCCUCCAGUGUCCCAUCUGAAGGGGAAGGAGAUGACACCGUAAUAAACCUUUUACCAGGAACCGCUGCGAUGAAGCAACGAGGAAUCAAAAGGCCGCUGGAGACAAAACAGGUAGCACCGCAACUACAAAAGGCCAAGAAGCCGAAGCUUGAUCUGAAAGAAGCUGCCCGGCAGCGGCGUGAAGAAGUCGACGAAGCCGCAACAGCUCGUCGAAAAGAGGAUGCAAUCUCAUUCCAGGCGAUAGUUGAAGGCAUGGACCUUGUACAGAUCCAGAAACUCGUCACCGUGGAGGAAAUGGAUGUCAAACCCAGACAGCCACAUUGCAACACCCUUUCUGAUGAGAGCCGAUGGGAUGAGAGGUGGAAUGGCCGCCAAAACUUCAAGAAAUUCCGAAGAAAAGGCAACACUGAAGUAGCCCACCGCCGCCGACCGAUUAUUGUUCCACUGGAAGAAGCUAAAAAGAAAGACUUUGGCAUUGGAGACGAUUACUGGGGGGCAAGCUCUACACCUCCCGAACGCCAGAGGAGUCCCGCCUUAUCAAACAAUAUAGAAUCAACGGUCACUUCUUUAGAGUUUCCUCAACCCGCAGCCCCUGCCGCACGCUCAAGGCCACAGAAGAGGUCAAGGGAUGAUGAGGAGAGCGAUGACGGGCUUCGGUUCCGAUUCAGAAGGAAACGCCAGCGAUGA